AUGGCCACCCCCGCAGCAGCAGCCGCCAUCUUCAAAGCCGCUCUUCCCUCUCGCAAUGGAAACGCAGGCUCGGGCUCGGGCUCGGGCUCGGGCUCGGGCUCGGGCUCAGGCUCUGGUACAGGAGGUACAUCGAUCCGAGGAGCUGCCGGAGGUGCUGCGGCUGGAUCUGCAGGUGGGAGAGGCGUUCGAAGGAAUGAGGAUGUCGGAAUGAGUGAUGCUUCGAGUGGGGUUGUUAGGAAGGGGAAGGUGGGAGGUCAUCGAUCGACUGGACCGAUGGGAGAAAGGGUGAGUACACAGUCAUCCCAGGAGGGCCGGGGACGCAAGGCGUGGUGGACGUUCGGCAACGGACACCGGCAGCUGCUGCAGUCGCUGUCACAGCACGAUGGGUCGACAACACAGCUAGCAGACGUGCAAAACUCACUUGGUGCUCCGGGUCGCAUGCUCCGGUGCAUUUCGUGAAAGGAAGCAGCUCGUUUGCUUUGAACGGGACGUGACUUGUGAAUUCGACGCGCUGCAGCCACAUCAGUCAACCCCGAGUUCACCGCCCACGUUGCCCGGUCAAUCUCUGCAUAAAGGAAGGAAUGCUUACCAAAGAUCAUUGUUCCCACAGCCGGGCAAAGGGAAUCGAGGCGGUAGAGCAGGGCCGAGUGGAGGUCGAAAUCCAGGGCCCGCCGUGAUUCACGGGACAAAUCGAAACGUCGACUCGGCCCAGAAGACGCCUCGCUCGACCAAUAACAUCGACAAUCUGCGCUUGUUCCUCAGCAUGCGCUACUCAGUCGAACUGCGCAUGCUCAAUCUCGAGUACCUCGCCGACGACCCGACCCUCAAAAAGUACGGCAUCAUGCCUCCCGGUCACAAGGACAGCGCCACCAACCUCGCCGCCGUGUGGUGGAAACUCGCCGCCGAGAUGUUCCCAGAGGUACGCCAUCAUCGCAUCUUGAAUGUGGUGGACUAGAAGAUAAUGUGGGCUAACAUUUGACCCCGAAUCGCUCGCACAUAGGUCGUCUCACUCUCCCUCGCCAACAACAAUUUUCCUUCCCUGCUCCCUUUUUCACCCCAUCUCCUCACGACAUCACUACCCAAUAUCGAGAACCUGUCGCUCGCCAACAACAGGCUCAGGGCCUUCCACGACCUCGACCCGUUGAGUCCUCAUACGGGCAAGGUUCGGAACGAUGGCAAGCCCAAGGGGUUCCCCAAGCUCAGGGAGCUCGUCCUCAAGGGCAACCCCAUGGUCGAAAAGAGCGACUACAAAAGGUGAGGAAGCGUGGAGUCCGAUUCCAUAGCACUCGAACUGAACAGGAAAGUCAACACAAUGUUCCAGACAAAUCGCCCGGCGGUUCAGCACUCUCUCCUCGUUGGACCAAGAACCAUUCGACACGUCCAUCGCUUUCUCGGACCGACCCGGCGAUUCCGCGUCGGAUCUCCCCGCCGGUCUCUCCCCUGGUCUCGCUCGACAAGCCGCCAAAGGGCGAAAUCGAGAAGCGAUCGUAUUUCCUGUGCCAAUCGCUCCAGGAUUCUUUGACCUCGAAGUCACGCGCGACUUUGUGGCCGGCUUUUUGGGCAAAUUUUUCCCCGCCUACGACUCGGAUCGUUCGACGCUGCUGCCUGUGUAUGCACCCUCCUGUACCUUUUCCUUCAGCACAGACACGGUCCCACCGUCGAGGUCACGAGCAAAGCGCAUCGGUGCCAAGCAUGACAAGUUUUUGCCGAAUCAGCACAAGCUCGACUGGAAGGACUACAUCACCGCGACGGGGAGCCGGAACCUGACGCGGGUUCGAAGGCCCGAGAAACGCGUUGCGACGCUCCAACUCACGCCUCAGGACGUCAUUCGGUCCCUUAAGUCGUUGCCCAAGACCCAGCACCCGCUCGACGAUCCGACAAAGUUCGUGUUUGAUUGCUUCACAUUGCCUGCGUUCCUCGGGCCGAGCGCACCGGGUGGAGAGCCCGAGACCGUCAUUAUGGCUUGCGUUCAUGGCGAAUUCACCGAAUGCGAGUAGAUUACUUGCCUUGCCUCUUUUCCUAUCCUUCCUAAAUAUUUGAGCAUUCACUAACCCCUGCUUCCAAACCCGCGGCGCACAGUGCCCUGCAAAGGUGUUCGAUCGUUCGAUCGAACCUUCAUUCUGGCGCCCGCACCUCCUGGUUCCCCGUGAGUAGUAGUCUUCAACGCAUAUACGUGAUCUUCUAACGUGGCCACUGAUAUGUUGAACAUCUCGUACCUCGCAGAGCGCACAAUGCUGGCUGGCCGUGCGUGAUCGUAUCGGAGCAAAUGACUGUGCGUGGGUAUUCAAGCCCCAUCGCAUGGGCUCCUGAAGGCAGCAAGGACGGACCCUCAGCAGCAGCUGGACCUGCCUCAACUGGGACUGCUACUCAAGAACGAGCACCAGGGAUUGUACGUAGUCACGUUUAGUCCGAGGAUCGAGCGACGCUUCCGCAAAGUCUGAGCAGAUUUUCAUACCCGCUUGGGGCGCCGCAGACGGACGAGCAACAGAUGAUUGUCCUCCAAUUGCAAUCCGUGACGAACCUCACGUACUCGUUCGCGUAUAUGUGUCUCGAACAAAACGCCUGGGUCCCCGAAACCGCCUUGGCCAACUUUCAGCAACUGCACGCGAGCGGUGCGAUCCCCGCCGAGGCCUUCGUUAAGCGCUGA